AUGUAUAUUUACGACUGGGCCGACCAGAGUCCUCUCGGAGAUAACUACACCUACUGCCGCUCCUGCAACCGCAGCCUGAAGACGUUACAGAGAGGCCCUGUUGAACUCCGGCGACAUGCGGACACUAACAAACACAAGAAGAGGACUCGAAUCUACCAGAGGACCGUGAGGCAGAGCCAGCUGUCCGAAACGCUGCAGUGUAGCGACGCCGCCGUUAGCUUCAUCAACAAGCACUGCUACACCGGCCCGGCUAAGUCUGAACACAAGGCUCGACUCUUUGCUCGCUGUCGUUUGGGGUCUCAGUAUCCCAAAGAUAUCACCUCCGCCUGCCAUCACACGCCUUACUGCCUGUACGUGUUCGGAGGGGAGCCGCUGGGAAAAGACGACACCGUGUCCGUGGUCCUCGUUGGGUUUUUUGACGUCGACGCCUCCGGUCAUUGCUUACAAUUUCUGGAUGCUCUUCAGUCAGAGAACAGCGCCGGAGAGAAAAAAACAGCCGCGGCGGUGGUGGAGACGGUGAAGAAGUUCGGGUUGCACACGGAUAAUCUCGUGGCUGUUUAUUCGGAUGACGAUGGAGCGGAUUCAGAGCAGAUCUGCACACAACUCAGGGAACUCAACCCCAAUAUAGUCGCUAUAGGAGGGCUGUACGCCAUCGCUGAUGCUUCCUGCCACGCUGGGAUCAAGGGGCUCUCCAAUCAGGUCCAAGAGUUCAUGGUAGACAUGCACACCCACCACUCCUCCUGCUCUACGAAGAACGAUGACCUCACGGCUGUUUUCGGCUCAGACGAUCCGCUUGAUCUCAACUCCGGCUGCCUUAAGUUCUGCCUGUUAGUCACCAACAUAUUGGACGUAUGGACGGAUCUCAUCGCGUACUUUAAGUCUUGUGACGGCGAAGAUGAGAAAGCCAAGUCCGUCUGCUCCCAGCUGCAGGAUCCCAAAGUCAGAGCCACGUUUCUGUUCCUGCAGCACGCUCUAAAACCUCUGCACAGUUUCCAGAGCCGCCUGCAGACGGAGGAGGAAGUGGACCGAGCCGACAUGCUGCUCAUCCUGCAGGAGGCCAGUAAACUGCUGAGCACCUACACCUCAUACUUCCUCCGUCCUGAGGCUGCUGAUCGCUUCCUCCAGGAACGAGACGCCCAAAUCCUUAAAGACAAGAGUUUCCAUCUGUCUGGUUCUGAGGUCAAUCUGGGAGGGGAAGCAGUGGAAGACUUCCUGAAGGAGUCAGAGGCUCUGUUCGAGGAGGAGGCGCUGUCUUUCUACGCCGCACUCACAGGUUGCAUUGCAGAGAAGCUUCCUCUCGGUGAGGAGACUCUCCGGAGCAUCUCUCAGCUGCUGAACCCUCGGAGCAGACAGGAAGUGACGGGGAAAUCAGUCGGGGAACUCGGGACUUUGCUGGGAAUCUGCAGCUCCGAGGAGGAGGUGGAGAAACUCAUCGCUGAAUUCCUGGAGUACCAGAAGGCUGAGGAAGGGGAGAACUCUGCAGAGGUUCCUCUGGAGGAGCACUGGGCCAGCGUACUGAAGGACACUAGGCCCGGAUCAGGGUUCAGGAAGCUGGUUCUGACCCUGCUGGCUCUGCCCUGUCCGCCCCUGGAGGCUCAGCAGGUUUUUACCCAGGCUCUGGGAGCUGAAGAGGCCACGCUGUUCUCUGAGAGUGAAGCUUUAACAGAAAGUGAUUCUGAGCUCACGUCCGACGGAUUUCUCUCUGAUAACAACCACUGCAAGGACCCCCAAAUCCACUCUGAAGCAAUGAAUGGUCUCAAAGUAAAGCAUUGUGAAGUCCGCCUCACAAAGAUAAACGACGAUGAGAAUGGAGACGAUGGCAAAGAGAUGCCCACUAGGGGAAGUUUUGGCUGGGAGAGCAGCUUGCGGCAGAAACCUCAGGCCCGCGCAGUGUUUCAGGCGGGUGUUAGCUCCUGGUCCGCCCCCCAACCUGUUGAUCAGGACAGCAGAAAGGGUCUGGAGUCCCAGGAAGAGGGG